GCACCUACAUCUUUAAGCAAAACAGCACCUACAUCUUCAAGCAAAACAGCACCUACAUCUUCAAACAAAACAGCACCUACAUCUUCAAGCAAAAAACCACCUACAUCUUUAAGAAAAAAAAAAGAAUUGUUAUCCAAGGCUCAUAAUGAUUUGAAUGAUGAUCUUGAAGACUUUAAUGAUUGUAACGAAGUGCUUUUGGGUAAUAGUGCUGAAGACACUCAAUCACAAUACUUUCGUUCUCAAUCGCCACACUCUCACACGUUUAUUCAGGCUUUCAACAUUCCCAAUCACGACGAUCUCGUUCCCUAUUCAGCUUCCAACAGUGUUUUUGUUCCCCAUCCAAAUCUCAAUCUUUCCAACCACAACAUUUUCGUUUCCCAUCCAGAUCUCAACCUUUUCAACCACGAGCCACAUAGCCGCAAAAAAAUUGUAUUUGAAUCAGAAUAUAAAGCAGCAGUAUAUAUUUCUGAACGACCAGAGCUUUUAAAAAUUGCAAAUAAAAUGGCUCAAUAUGAUGGCCUUAAAGGAUCAGAUAACAAAAAACCUGAAGUUCUCACUCAACAAUUAAGAUUACUUUUUAAUU